CUCUCUCUCUCCCUCCCUCCCUCCUUCCUCUCACCCCAACAGAAAAGCAGCUGCAGGUCAUCUGUAAGCUUAGUAUGUAUUGAUUGUGUCCCUCCUCUGGACGUAUAGCAGCAGGCUGACUGUGGCGUAGAGCAGCGGCAGUGGCUCUUUGAUGCGUGGAUCAGCAGCACUCCCCUAAUCCCCUGCAUCUCCUCCCCUCCCUCUCUCUCUCUCACACACACACAUACUAUCUCUCUGUUUUGCCUCUCUCUCUUUCUCUAUCUCUUCCCUCUCCCCGCCUCAUAUUCGUACGUGUGAACGUGUGUGGCCCCCCUACAGCCCUUCCCCUCUCUCACUGCGCACCUGACCACAGAGCUGGUGACACAGGCACUCCCUCAGAGUGAGGGGCUACCCAAGAGAGCUUCAGACGCUGAGAGAGAGUCAGAGAGAGAGAGAGAGAGGAAGAGAGAGAGAGAGAGAGAGGAGGGAUGAGGGACAGACUCCAGCUGUCACGCUGAUACACUCCGGGCUCACUCGGGGGCUGUAGCCCGCGCGCUGCUCCACAACUUCACACAACACACCACUUCUGCUGCAGCUGGCCACCGGAUAAUCCACGUUCAUGUCGUUUUGCCUGGUCGACUUUUUUGACAUGGAAUCACCCACCAAGGAGAUAGAGGAUUUCGAGAACAACUCUCUGAAGUAUCUCCAGCCGGAGCAGAUUGAGAAGAUCUGGCUGAGACUGCGAGGACUGAGGAAAUAUAAGAAGACAUCACAGAGAUUGCGAUGUCUUGUAAAACAGCUGGAGCGGGGCGAGGCCUCUGUCGUGGACCUGAAGAAAAACUUGGAGUAUGCAGCUUCUGUAUUGGAGUCGGUGUAUAUCGAGGAGACGCGGCGACUGGUGGACACAGAGGAUGAGCUCAGUGACAUCCAGUCAGACUCGGUGCCCUCAGAGGUGCGGGACUGGCUGGCCUCCACUUUCACGCGGCAGAUGGGGCUGAUGCUGAGACGGUCGGAGGAGAAGCCACGUUUUCGCAGUAUUGUCCAUGCGGUGCAGGCUGGGAUAUUUGUGGAGAGGAUGUACCGCCGGACGUCCAACAUGGUGGGAUUAAGCUAUCCACCCAGCGUGAUCACAGUACUGAAGCACGUGGAUACGUGGUCAUUUGAUGUGUUUGCUCUGAAUGAUGCAAGUGGAGACCAUGCACUGAAAUUCAUAUUUUAUGAACUUCUCACCCGAUAUGACUUAAUCAAUCGUUUCAAGAUCCCCAUUUCUGCAUUGGUGUCAUUUGUGGAGGCUCUGGAAGUGGGCUACAGCAAACACAAAAACCCCUACCAUAACCUCAUUCAUGCAGCGGAUGUCACUCAGACUGUACACUACCUUCUGCUGAAAUCUGGCAUGGUGCACUGGCUAACAGAGUUAGAAAUCUUCGCUAUGAUAUUUGCAGCAGCAGUACAUGAUUACGAACACACUGGGACCACUAACAAUUUCCACAUACAAACCAGAUCAGAUUCAGCCAUAUUGUACAAUGACCGUGCCGUGCAGGAAAACCACCAUGUGAGUGCUGCUUAUCGACUCUUACAGGACGACGAUGAGAUGAACAUCCUCUAUAACUUAUCAAAGGAUGACUGGAGAGAGUUACGGGCCCUGGUGGUAGAGAUGGUUUUGGCCACAGAUAUGUCCUGUCACUUCCAGCAGAUCAAGGCCAUGAAAAAUUUCCUCCAGCAACCAGAGGCGAUUGACAAACCAAAGGCCUUAUCCCUGUUACUGCACACUGCAGACAUCAGCCAUCCUGCCAAAAGAUGGGAGUUACACCAUCACUGGACCACCUCUCUGCUGGAGGAGUUCUUCAGGCAGGGGGAUAAAGAAGCAGAUUUGGGCCUGCCCUUCUCUCCUCUCUGUGACCGUAAAUCCACCAUGGUGGCCCAGUCUCAAAUCGGCUUCAUCGAUUUCAUCGUGGAGCCCACCUUCACCGUUCUUACGGAUAUGAUUGAGAAAAUAGUGACACCGCUCAUUGAUGAGGCAUCGCGUUCAGGGCUGGCUGGCUUUAGACGCUCGAGCUUGAAUAACAUCCCAUCAGAUGGCAAGCGUCCCACCGUGAAGAGCACAGGCUCAGAGGGCAGCACCUCCCUUCUUAGUGUCGACUUCAAGAACUUCAAGGCAACCUGGAAUGAGGAGGUGCAGCAGAACAGAGAGAAGUGGAAAGCUCAGGCAGCCAAAGACCUAGAGGAGAAGGCCAAGAAGGAGGCAGAAGAGAAAGCCAAGCAGGAGGAGGCUGAGGGAAAACAGAACAGCGAGGAACAUGCGGACACAGAGAAAAGAGACACAACACAGGACAAAGACAAGACUGAGAAAGAGGCAAAAGACACAUCACCCGCUGAACGAGACAAAGACAGCAAAUUGGAGCCAAUGAACUCCACCAAGGCUAAAGCAGACAAGAAGGAGCCCACAGAGAAGCAGCCCAAAGAGGCAGAGGGCAAUAAGGACCCAGGGGGGGCAAAUGGAACUAAAGCAGGGCCUGUUAAUGAAGGGGUGGAUUCAAAGGAGCCUGACACCAGCAGUGAUACAGACAACAGCCAGCAAGUUCAAAACGGGGAGGUGCCAGAGGAGCUGGACUCACCUGACAGUGAUGACAGUGACACAAAGAGCUCUGACGAUGCCGAUGAGGAGCACAGCAGUCACGAAAGCUCAUCCACCUCUCUAGCAGCCAGUGCGCUUGCUGCAGCCGCCUCAGCACCUGAUGCACACUAAUCACUCUUUAAUUCCCCAACAAGGACUCCGACAUCUGAGCAAGCCUGCACCUUGGCUCCAUCUGGUGGCCACACUGAUGCUUUUGGAAUGCAUUUUUCCUCUUUUUCCCUUCCUUUUGGGAUUUUAUUUGCAAAAGGACUUUCUUUUUUUUUCUUUUUUGUUUUUUUGUUUUUUUGGUGUUGCCUAAUUGUUCCUUGCUUUUACCGAUGUGUCUUUAUGGCUUCGUUGUUGGGCCUGGCAUUGCGAUGAGACUUGAAAGGGCACAGCAUGGAGACCUUUUCAUACUGUUAACCCAGUACAGGGUCAUGUUAGCCAGCGUGUGUUGCCAUAGAUGCAGGGAGAGUCUGUUAGUGCUGAAGCCAGAAGGGAGCAUAUGGCAGCCUGGCCAUCAUGGUUUCCUCCCCAGCUGAGCUCUCCCUGGAGAUGAUACACACACAGCCCACUGCCCAGCCUUCAGCUCUAUAGCUGCACGUGCCCCAGAGCUCUGUAGACACUGGCCAGAGAAGGGGGACAGACAGAGAGCCUGGAACAGACACACAGUCAGCUCGACUGGGCUUCACUCCCCACUGUAAGCCUCUUUCCAUGGCAGAACCCACAGCUGAAUGUUAAUAUUCAUGUGGAAGAACAAUUUGAAGAAUGUCUGUUUAUUUUUUUUUUUUUGUUAUUAUUAUUAUUAGUAUUAUUAUUAUUAUUGCUUGUACUGAACUACUGGGUUUAUAUGCAUUGAGAUCUGUAAAUAUGCUGGUCAAGACUUCACUAGUUUACAUUUUACAUUUGACAGUGGAAAUGUUUUCUCUUUUUUAGAUGAUUUUCUGAGGGGACAUUUGGUCAUCUGAUGAAUCAUGCAACAUUGCCUAUAUAAUGCUACUUCCAUCAUAAAACAUUCAUUUUUGUUUUUAUUUUGCUCUAACUGUAAUAAGCUCAGUUUGUAAGACUGAAAAUGUAUAAACUUGACAGAUGCCAUUCAGUUGACAUUACCACUUCUAUUUUGCCAAAAUAAUUUAGACUUAGAUGGUACAAUCUAUAUUGCUGUGAACGUAGGUUGACUAGAGAGAGAUAUUUUAAUAUAUUCAGCAGGGCAAUCUGACCUCAAAAUAUAAUGACCGAACUUGUGGCCAUGUGUCCAUGUCUCUGGUAUGGUAGGCUACAUUGGAUAAUGCUGUACAAGCUGCAAUGCCUAUAGCCUUUUGCUCCACCCCUAGCUGUUAUAAUUUUCAGUUGAUCAGGACUUGUAAUAUAAUAGAUGUACUUUCUGAUUUGAACAGUCAGUUGUAUUUUUUGAACAUUCUGUAUGUAUUUACUGUAUAUAGAGAGGGAAAUAUUAUUUAUAAACAACCGUGUACAGGUAUAGUCAUAAUUUUGAACAUUGCAGUCAACGAUGAACAUUAGACUUUUUAUGCCAUGGAUGGUUUGCAUCAUUGCAAAUUCAUUCUCUUUCACCAGGUAUGUUUGAUUUAAUUGGGAUUUGGGAGGGAUGCAACUUUCUUUUUUUUAUUUUCAUGUGCUUGGAGAUGCUUCUCCAAUCUUCCUCAGACUGUUUUAUUAUGUUACAACCGUAUGACGCAAUUAAUCAAAUCUUUGAGCACAUGAGCUGCCAACACUUCUGCUCUUUUACACCCAAGCCAUAAUGAUUGAGUUUUUUUUUGUUUUCUCUUGAAUUUAAUAUCUCGUUGUGUAAAGUCUAAGCAGCCUUUCUAAAUACCAUACUGACAAAUUCAUGCAUUGAGGAUACUGUCUAUUAGGAACAAGUAAAAAUUAUCCGUACUAAAGGUGACUGUAAUUCAAAGCACAUACUAAUGGUGCUGGGUAUUAAGAUGUAAGUAAAGUGGAGCAGUACCAGAAUUAAUGGGGGCAGUCUAAUCUAAAAAAAAAAAAGCAAAUAUUUUAAAAGAUACCCCCGGACAGCACAAAUGCCAUACAUACCAUAUAUGCCAUAAAAGUGUUUCUUUUUGGUUUCUUUCUUUUCUUUUCUUUUAUUGGUAGGGUAUUUUGAAUAGCUAACAAAAUCACUGUGUGAAAUAUUGUUGCCUUGACCAAAGAGAUAGAUUGUUAUUUUGAUUAUUUAAUUGUUCCCAAACUAGCACAAACCAUGAUAGAACAUGAAUCAGAAGAGUCAUGACAUACUGUGCAAGUCUUUAUUUUUAUGAAGGUUAUUAUGCUUAAAAAAUAAUUGUUGCCUUAAAUCCAUCAUUUUAUUGCACCACUGACAUGUGAUCCUUCUGGACCUCAGUGUAGUAUCGGGUGUUUCUUUUCAGUUCGUCUUGGAGAGAAGUUCUUCAAUAGAAUGUUUACUGGUUGUUAGACUUAUUUCUAUGCCACCCUUUGUAUCUAUUGCGUGUUAUGAGUACAAAUAUUCUGCUUAAUUUCUAUCUGUGUGCUCAGUGAUUAGCCAUGUUAAAUCUGAUUAGCAGGUGACCGUGCAUCAGAGCAGCCAUUGCCAUCAAGCUUUUUUUUCUGUCUGUGACAGUCUAUAAUAUGGUCAAAUCUAAAUGUAAGCUUUGUAGUGAACACACAUCUAAUUGUUCUUGGCCCAUUGACAGUUCUGCUGAUAUUAAAUGUGAGUGAAAUCAUUUUUCCUCAUAUCCUGACACCAGCAAACUUAAACGGUUGAAGUAGAGCUGGACAUCAUUUUGAAUUGGUGACAUUUAUGCUCAGUGUUGCUGCUGUAAUUGAAUGGCUAAUACAAACACUCUGUUUCUCUUGACUCUAACGGUCAUUUUAGAGUAGUAUUACAUUGAGUGGGGAGAUGAGUGCAGCACGGCUAGGCCUGUGUUAACUGCAAAGCAUGUGAAGCAUGUUUCUGUUUGCUUACAAACCACUAGCGCCACCAGAGAUCAGUUACAAUAAGCAGCGUCAGUUAAAUAUUCAAGAAGAAAUGUUGUCAAGUCUAAAACAGCAGUAAAUAUGGUACAGUAAAAUAUUGCCUUAAUGAAUUUCUGUUCUUAGUUCUGCUUUGUACUAGCAAACUGCCAGAUGUUUAGAAAAAUUUUAAAUUCAUAUGUAUGUUACAUGUCUGUCAACCGCUUUGUUUUGGUCAUAGCUCUGUUUUCCACUUUAGACGUAAGAGCAAAUUCUCUCAAACUGAAAAAGGGGAUUGAUCUGUAAUAGAAACUAGAUCAGCUUAGUGUCAAAAAUGAAGGGUGGACUAAAAAAAAGUAUCAAGGUCAGAUUUGUUUAAUUAACAGGAUGUUUUAUAGCUCAGUGCCAUAAACUAUAAGUUGUCUUGUGCACUGCACUGUUAGACAUAGUACAUUUUUUCUGAUGUUCCUUGAUGUUCCUGCCCAACAUUUGUUUUUCAUAUUCAUUUGUUCUAUACUGUUUUGUGCACUCUUCCCAAGAUUUUAUGAUAUACAAUUAUGCAUUUAUGUGUGUCUUUGUGAGGUUGACACCUAAUCAUACAUUUACACUCCUCCUUGUUGUCCUGUUCAAACCCUUUCUUUUGUUAUUAAGGGAGGAAAAUGAUCACAAACCAAGAGAGACGUGGUGGUGUGAUCGCAUUUGUUCCGAUGCUCCAUUAUUGCACUGUUGUGACAAUAAAUCUGAACUCAAAGGGCUCA